CGCGCGGCGGUCCAAUAGCUGACGCCGUUACAGCCGGGGCCGGCGGUGUUUUGUAAGGCGCCAUGGCGGAGGCCGAUCGCUGAGCGCCCUCGCGGGCGGCCCGGGCCGGAGCGGGGGGCGCGCGCGCGGCCGCCCAGGCUGCCUGGAGGAUGGAGCCCGGCUCCGUCCGGACCAAAGUCCCUGCCUUCCUGUCGGACCUGGGGAAAGCCACGCUCAGGGGAAUACGGAAAUGUCCCCGCUGCGGCACCUACAACGGCACCCGGGGCCUCAGCUGCAAGAACAAGACCUGCGGGACCGUCUUCCGCUACGGCACGCGCAAGCAGCCCAGCGUCGACGCCGUCAAGAUCAUCACCGGCUCCGACCUGCAGGUCUACUCCGUCCGGCAGAGGGACCGGGGGCCGGACUACCGCUGUUUCGUGGAGCUCGGGGUCUCGGAGACGGCCAUCCAGACGGUGGACGGCACCAUCAUCACGCAGCUCAGCUCCGGCCGCUGCUACGUGCCGUCGUGCCUGAAGGCGGCCACGCAGGGCGUGGUGGAAAACCAGUGCCAGCACGUCAAGCUGGCCCUGAACUGCCAGACCGAGGCCACCCCGCUGACGCUGAAGAGCUCGGUGCUCGGCUCCGUGCAGGCCUCCCCCGAAACGAAGCAAACGCUGUGGCAGCUGGCCACCGAGCCCACGGGGCCGCUGGUGCAGCGCAUCACCAAGAGCGUGCUGGUGGUGAAGUGCAAGGCCAGCCAGAAGCACAGCCUCGGCUACCUGCACGCCUCCUUCGCCCAGAAGGUGAGCGCGAAGAGCCUGCCGGAGCACCGGUUCUUCUGCUCGUGCCAGGCCCUGAAAUCGGGCAAGGCCUCCUCGGCCAAGGAGGAGGCGGCGCAGCGCUGCAUCCACUUCUUCGCCUGCAUCUGCGCCUUCGCCAGCGACGAGGCCCUGGCUCAGGAGUUCGCCGACUUCCUCAGCUACGACUCGGGCGGCCUGAAAGGCAUCGUCGUGCCGCAGUUGGCGUGCAGCCCCGAAUCGACGGUGCCGGCUGGGGAGACUGCUGCUUCCAAGCCCAAGAAGAGGAAAAAGGACGUAACCUCUGGUGCGCAGGUGAACAGCCCUCUCCUGGCGCAGGACGCAGCUAACAGCGGCCUGAGGAAAAGCACCCUGAAAAAGCCAGCCGUCGCCUCGUCGCUGAAGAGGCAAGGCUGUAAUCAGCUGCUGGAUGAGUCACAGGUGACCCUCUCCUUCCAGGAAUGGCUGGCCAGCGUCACCGAACGUAUCCAUCAAACCAUGCAUUACCAGUUUGAGGGCAAGCCCGAGCCGCUGGUAUUCCACAUCCCCCAAGCUUUCUUCGACGCGCUACAGCAGAGGAUCUCCAUGGGGAGCACAAAGAAGAGGCUGCCCAACUCCACCACAGCUUUUGUCCGCAAAGACGCCCUUCCGCUGGGGACUUUCUCCAAGUACACGUGGCACAUCACCAACAUCCUGCAGGUCAAACAGAUCUUCGAUACGCCCGAGAUGCCGCUGGAAAUCACGCGCAGCUUCAUCCAGAACCGGGACGGGACGUACGAGCUGUUCAAGUGCCCCAAGGUGGAAGUGGAGAGCAUCGCCGAGACGUACGGGCGCCUGGAGAAGCAGCCGGUGAUCCGGCCCCUGGAGCUCAAGACCUUCCUCAAAGUGGGCAACACCUCCCCCACCCAGAAGGAGCCCACCCCCUUCAUCAUCGAGUGGAUCCCCGACAUCCUACCUCAGUCCCGCAUCGGAGAGCUGCGCAUCAAGUUCGAGUACGGCCACCACGGCAGCAGGCACCCCGCCACCUUCCCGGAGCAGCCACCGCCGCUGGAGCAGACCCUGGAGCUGGCCCCCCUCACCACCAUCACCUUCCCCUGAGGCAGCCACGUGUGCACAGGCCCCCAGCACCCCGGGGUGCCGCCCAGCAGCAGGGCACAGCCCCAGGACUGGCAGCAGCAGCACCGGUGCCACCAGGGGAGGGCACACUCAGGCAGGCCCCGGCUGCUGCAGGAGCAGCCACAGCACCAGCCCCUCUGCUCACCAGCUGCCCCAGCACAGGGCACACGCUGCAGGCAGGCAGCAGGGCUGAGCCCCGGGUUUGGGGGGCCCCAGCACCCCAAGGCAGGCAGGAGGCAGGGCACAGCCUGGCACUCACCCAGUGACCCAUAGCACCCAGGCUGCUGCUCAGGACUUGGUCCAGCCAGGCUUCACCAGGUGCCACCACCUCACUGUGCCCUGUCCCAGCACCUGAGCACCCCGAGUGUCCCACCUUACCUCCGCUUGGGGUUUGCCCCGCUCCUGCGCUGCUUGGGGACGAGCCCAGCUCCGGCUGCACCUUCCCCCCGGGAGCAGGGCUGCAGGAAGGGGCCCUCAGCCCCAGGGGGACAGAGCCAGCCGGCACGCACCAGGGAGCCGAGGGCUGUGCAGCAGCUGCCUGGGGAAGCAAAGUGACACAGGUUAGGCCUUCUACCCCCCCCCAGCCCCCCCACAGGGCCCAGCAGACCUGGGGUUACAGCUGCAGCCCUGCUGCACUGGGGGAGCAGAGGGGAGGAGUGCCCACAGCAUUGGGCCCCAGGAGAAGGGGGAAAAUAAAGUUAACUUUAAAAAAGGAAAAUAAAGAGCUGUUUCACACUGCCAAACUUGCAGAAGGCUGAGGCCAGGCUGCCGCACCACAGCCAGGGGACACCUGGGCCCUUCCUGCCCCUCACUGCAGGCAGUUGCUGUCGCUUCCUCACCCCCACAGCCACUCCAAAGCCCUGCACUUGGGGGGGGGGGGGCCAGGAGACCCGUGACCCCAGCCAGGCCAGCUCAGGGCAGCAGCCCCCCGUGCAGCACAGGCAGGGCAGCUCAGCCACCGCUGUAACAACCCAGAGCAAUAAAGCUGUUACCUCACCUGAA